AUGUCUACCGACCCUAUCAAUGCGGUGAACCUCGAUACUCUGAUCAUCAGAAUAAAAGGGGUUGAAAACCCGAGAGAACGUGUAAACGUAAAACUACCCGAAGGACGAAGCUUGGACCACUACGGUAAUAUACCCCUUAAUCGAUUUAUUAAACAAGAUGGUCGAGCAUCGGUACGUCGGCUAUCGAGCGAUUUCGAUUACGAAGAAUUCCGAAAGUUUUUGGAGAUAAACAAGAUAGUAAAGCGUGAUGUGUUCUUAGACCCGGGACCACCCUCAUCCGUACUUGAUAGUACCAAUUCCUGGUAUGUCCUUUUGGCUAGAGUUCAAUCGGGCGAGCAUCCACUGACCGAGAAGCCCGACGGUUUUAAAUAUCUCAGAUUAGGCCCCCCGUCUGAGAAUACAGCCCCAGCCCCAGCCGCAGCCGCAGCCGCAGUACCAGCUGGAGGCGGAGGCGGAGGUGGAGGUGUAGGUCCGGGCCCAGUUGCAGGAAGACGGACUUUAAAACCCAGUGAACUUGGGUCACCCUUUCCCGGCUCCCUUGAUAAGGUAAUUAGCACACCUACCCGUCGCCCGGCACCGCCUGCUGGCGGGGCACUACCUGCUCGCCGAGGCGCUGGAGGUGGCCCAACACCGGGCCGAGAUCUCGCGUCGGGUACGAGACCGGUCCCUUCAAGUGCUAAGAAGGAGGUGGGCAUUAAUGAUAUGAACUCUAUCGUCGAGGGCACUAACGUCAUACACGAAGAUGACGAAGAUAAAUCAAAUGCAGAUGUAGACGAGAGCAGCAUGGCGGACGGUGCAAACGCAAUUGUGAAUCAACUCAACAUCAACCAGGCACAAAUUGACUCGACUACUUGGGAAAGUGUUUGUCAGUUUUUCGGAUGUAAUACUAAUGAUACGGAGGUGGAAGUUCCAGGCCUUAAGUUAAGACUAAGGGGGUAUCAAAUGCACGCAGUUUACUGGAUGAUAAUGCAACCUCUUCGUAACAUCCGGGCCGGUAUGAUUGGAGAUGAUGUUGGGCUUGGAAAGACGGGGAUGACACUGGCUGUUAUCGUACUUCGUCAUCAAAUGCACACGGCUGCGCGAGAAGUAUCUCUCGAAUGGGCACAAAGAAAAGUAAUAGAGAAACAAGCGAAUACGAGUGACCCCGUUCCUCAAUUCAAUCACCUUCCCAACCAAACAGGCGUACAAACGCCUAUCACGACUUGCCCCAGCCAGGCACAAUCCAGAUUUCGUUUCAUAUGCCCUUGUGUACCGGGAUCGGUGGCCUUCCGGUUUACAAGGCAAACGAUGUCGGCGCCUAGUAUAAUUAUUGCUCCUGCAGAUUUGCUUGAUCAGUGGCUAAAAGAAGUCGAUAAGUGGGUUGACUCCUCGGAUGGAAGCGUCGCUGCGGAUAUGAUAUUUACUGUCGCCCACCGGGAUUGGGAUCGUAAGCCUCACUCACACAAUGAUGCGGCUGUACGUAUGACGCGGGGCGAGCUGCAUGAUAGGAAAAUACGGCCUGGCAGGCAGGAUGUGCAAUCCCGAUAUGUUAUACUUGCAAGCCCGCUCGGCACGGUGAAACUGCUUGCACCGUAUAAAAUAGAGAUAGAAGACCCAAACAGAAGAAGACCUGCGACAACAUAUGAACUGGGGGUCGGGUAUGUGUUCAUGGACGAGGUACACAAGUAUCAUGGGAGCAAGAAUAGCACGACAGACCCUUUUAGGGCUCUAGCGACGCUUCGGAACACUUGUUUUAGAGUUCCUGUUGCUAUUGGUUUAUCGGCUUCGAUGCUGGGCGGCGGUCCGCAUUACUGGCGACCAUUUGUCGAGCAUAUUCUCCAUGCACAGGUGCCGGGGCAGCAGCUCAUACCAAAAAUCGAAAAGAUCGACGACUUGGACCAAUAUGUGAGUGCUUGGGGGUAUUUCGUCAAUCAUGAUCCCGAAGACAACAAUACAAGGUACAUGGGGCUCUUAGAAUUCUUAAGAGGAUUCAUACCUCUCGCAUUGCUUUGUCGAAAUAAAGGCCAAAGAUUUAGAGAGGUCCUAAUCGGAAAUCCUCCCGUGCCUAUUUAUUGGGAGAUAUGCGAUAUGUUUGACGACGAGGUCCGACAUUCCCAUCGAAGGUUGGCCGCUACAGUGCGAUCCUGGAUAGAUGAGGAGUAUACGAAGAGAAAAGCAACGUGGGAAAGUGAUGGGAAAAGAGACCCAGAACCGCAAAAGGAGUCAAUCCAAGCAGAAUUACUGGGCACUGUAGUUUCUGCUGGACCUACAAUUCAUGCUUACGAAGUGAUCCUACGUUCUUCGGCAUUACCAGCACUCGCAAAACUCAUCGAUCACGAGGAACUCCCGUACGAAAAGAUCUUAAAGGACGAGGUUAUGAAAUAUUCGAAGGAUAUAACGAAUGCUCUCGAGCGGGGAUUGUCUAGUGGAACGGCGAAUAACGAUAUAGAGGAGACCGUAAAAUCUAUAUUGCGGCGAUCAGACUACUGGGAUAAGCGAGAGGAAUUGGAAAGGACGUCUCCGAAGUUUCAUAAAAUAUGUGACUACAUUGACCAUAUGAUAGAGCUGAGGACAAACAUCUGGGAUGAUAGUACCGGAUUUCCGGACCCGGGACCCGAGCCGGAGGAUGGCAGUCGGGUUCGCCAUAUGUUAAUCUUUGCUGAGUCCCAGAUUGCGGCCUUCUUAUUAUUUAUGCUGCUUUAUCAGAGGUACGGUUCGAAGAUUGAUUGGAUUUAUGCCCACGCCGGAAUACCACCUGGCAGACGUGCCCCAAUGCUCGGACGGAUAAAUCAGCCGUGUACCGCUCAAAGUCGGAACAAGAUAUUAGUAUCUACCUGCCGCUUGUCAGGAAAGGGCCAUAAUUUGCAAAGAGCAAAUUAUUGUAUCAUUACCGAAUAUCCUCAAACUAGAGAUGAGCAGAGGCAAGCCGCCGGCCGUAUUGAUAGGACAGGUCAGACCAUGAAUCCUGUUGUUGUUCAAUUGCUAGACAAUGAAAACUUGGCCGAGACGGUUCGAUACCGGCGAAGUCGCUUAAGGGCACAACUGGCGGAUGAUAGCAUAAGGGAAAGCGAAAGGGUCGACAUCAACGACUUCUGCGAACCGCAAAGAGAACUUGUUAUCCAGCGCUAA